AGGAGCAGCAGCUGAAGUCAAGAACCCUGGACUCUGUUCAGUGACUGCUCAGAAAGCCUUGUGUGCCUCCUCCCAGUGUGGCACCACCUUGUCACAAGGUGACAAGCGGAGCCUCUACUGCACCGUGAUGGAGACCCGUUCAGCUGCUGUCGGUGAGCCUGAGUGACGGCAGCCAGGUGUCUGCCGUCUGACAUGGAGCCGUCAGAGGAGCGGCGUGGGCCCGACUCCUGGUGAAGGACGAGGGCGGUCGGUCCAGCCCGUCAUGGCAGAGUUGGUCCUCCGAGUCUGAAGUCAUGGUUCCCAACUAGAGCCUUCCGAGGAGCAGGACACAGUGAGGAGGAGGAGACGUCCUCACAACGUGCUUCAGAUGGAAGCAUGAGGAGACUCUCAGUUGAGAAAUGAGCUCGCGCGUCAUGGCGAACAUUGCUCCCUUCAGCCACAAGAGGUCGCAAAUCCUGGCAAACAAAGACGGUCACAUGUCCGCCAGCUGGCCAAUCGCGGGGCCCGCACCCAUGUAAACACCACUGUCUCAGAGCCAAGUUCAGAGUCAAGCUGAAGAUCGCGGAGACAUGACAGGAACAACGAGCCGCCGACAGGAGGGCCCAGGAGGACUGUGGGACUCAGUGAAGAAGGCCGCGUUCAUCAUCGGGUCUGGAAUCCUAUUCUUGGCGGCGUUUGGAAACUCGCUGACAUGGCACCUUCAGAGGUUCUGGGGAGCUUCCGGGGACUUCUGGCAGGACUUGUGGACGCAGAUCCAUGUGGCAUUCCAGGGUCAUGAGUCAGCAUUAUUUUACAUUGGGACCAUGCUGGUGCCCAGCCUGGCAUUCUGGGGCACCAACGGCCUCCUGCUGAUCGUGGACACCACCGGCAAGCCGUCCUUCAUCACUCGCUAUCGCAUCCAGCAGGACAAGAACAACCCGGUCGAUCCCGCCAAGCUGAGACAGGCCUUGAAGUCGGUGCUGUUCAACUACACGGUGGUGUCUGGACCCAUGGUGGUGGCGGCCCACUACCUGAUGACCUGGAGAGGAGAGCCCUGUGGCCCAGAGCUGCCCACCUUCCACAGGGGCCUGGCGGAGCUGGCCUUCUUUGCCUUCCUGGAGGAAGUCCUCUUCUACUACUCGCACAGACUCUUUCAUCACCCCAGUCUGUACAAGCAUUUCCACAAGCAGCAUCAUGAGUGGACGGCUCCCAUCGGAGUGGUCUCCAUCUACGCCCACCCACUGGAGCACAUGCUCUCCAACACGCUGCCUGUGGCGGUCGGCCCGGUGAUCCUGGGCUCGCACCUGGCCACCACCUCUCUCUGGUACUGCCUGGCUCUGGUCAGCACCACCAUCUCCCACUGCGGGUACCACCUGCCCUUCCUGCCCUCGCCCGAGUUCCACGACUUCCACCACCUGAGGUUCAACCAGUGUUUCGGAGUCUUCGGGAUCCUGGACCGGCUUCACGCUACCGACAGCAAAUUCAGAGAGACCAAGCAGUACGAGCGCCACACGCUGCUCACCAGCCUCACGCCUCUCAACGAGAGCAUCCCCGAUCCCCCGAAGAAGGGCCAGUGAGGACCUCUCACCCCGGACUGAGCUUUGCACUUCAACGACAAACCAGCCAAUCGCCGUUAAGCUGUGAAUAGUGUUUUUAAAACCUGUGUAAUAUUUGUGAUCCGACGCUUGACUGACUGUGCGAUAAUCUCUACUGUAUCGACGCAACACCAGUGACAGUUUCUCUGCACUGUGCUUUUUCAAUCACCACCUAUUUAUCAUGACGUGCAGCGGUGGAAACAGUUCUGUUAUAAAAGUCCUGAUAUUUUCAUAUGAGCACAAGCAGUGUGUGGAACAUAUGGUGAUGGACCUGGUGAUGAACGCUCCUGUUAUUUACGAGAACCAUAAAGCAGUUCAUGAUAGGAUGUGAGGAGUUACAACAAAUUUACAAUGUCGUUUUUAAGUUUGGCAGCAAAUAUUCAUUCCAACUAAACCUCUACGUAGUGAAAUGCUAAAGCCCACGCAGACUGGUUUAAACAGAUAUAGACUCUUAAAUAUCAUGCGAAAUAACUCAUAUACACUCACAUACACAUUUGUUGAGAGAAAUAUAUACACAUUUUACCAGACAAACGGUGGUUGAAAACGACUGCAGGAACGUAGCUAACAGGAACUUCAGCAGGUGCUGCGUGCGAGUCAAUGAAGUAAAGUAAGUGAACACGAAGAAGCUGGAGCGACUGACUUUCACCCCAAUCUCAGAAUGUAACGCUCCGACAAAUACAAAUAUUUCAUCGUGAUCAUUUAAACAUAGUGUUUGACAACUGGUGUGGUGCAUUCACUUGCUGCUCGGAGAAAUCAAUCCCGCCCAAACUUGUUUGCUUCUGUGAGACGCAUUGACGAAUUGAAUGUAAAAACAAGCGCAAUAUUACAAAAUAAAAUGUAUCCUGUCA